UUCAAUUAAACCCUUUCGAAUUCACAAUAGCCCAUUCUUAAAUAUUGGGGUUUUGGUGGCAUCACUUUCUUCCUUAAUCGCAACCCUACCUUUGACUUUGAGCAACAACAAUGGAUCUUCCUCCACACAUCGAUUGUUACAUCAAGGAAUCCAUCAACCACAUUGUGGGUCUUCCCGUAUCGGAUCAAACCCUCCUCACAAAGCUUCAAGCCUCCGAAGAGUUGCGGCGCCAACUCCGCCAGCAACGCCUCUUUCUCCUCGCCAAACUCAAGGAGAAAGACGAUCUCAUCGAACUCGCUAGAAAUGAGGCGACCAUGAACGCGCAAGCGAUGAAGAGGUUCGUUGAGGAGAAUCAGAAGUUGGCGGCGGAGUGUGAGAGACUGGUGGAGCAGUGCGUGAAAUUGGAACGGGAAUGCGCCCUCUACGACCACGACAGGGAAGCGUUGAUGGAGUUUGGGAACGAGGCUGAUGAACGCGCGCAGGUGGCUCACGCUCGGGCUUGCGAAUUGGAACGAGAUUUGUGUCUGUUGGAGCGUCAAUUGAACGAAUACAAACAGCAAAACGAGUCGGUUGAUUCUUCUUCCGGAACACUCGAUGAAGAAAAAUUGCUUGACUCCCUUUUGGCAACAGUUACUACUGCGGAUGAGUCUUCUACAUUUGCAUUCUUGAAUUCAAAUAGUGAAAAUGAUCAGUGUAAGAAGUUGCUGACAACCUGGAACUGUUUGAAGCCAUCAACACAAAGAGUUUUGGGUCUUGUUGCUGAAGUCAAAUCUCUAGAAAAUGAUAAAGAAAAUCUAAGGGUUAAUCUUCACAGAGCUGAAGAUGAGGUCAAAUUAUUGUUUGAGGAAAAUAGCGUGUUGCAUUACGAGAAUAAAAGAUUGGCCAAGCGAUGCAUGGAAAGGAGCCAUAGCGGUUCUGAUAGUAAACAUGGCCAUAGCCAUACCCAUACCCAUACCGGCAGCGCAUCUGUGAAGUCAAACAAGAGAAAGUCUAGUCGCAAGACGAGUAGCCCAAUGGGGAGAAAGAUUGAUUUUGAAGAUUUAGUAGACUCAGCAAGAACACCCUUGUCACCUUUGGGAAAUAAACUCCCAGAAUUUGCAGCAUGAAUAAAAAAUCAAAGUGACUAAUGUCUCAUUAACAGACAGGCCUGACAGUUUCUUCAAUUCAAAGUUCUGAUGAUAGGGGUUUUGGUUAGUCGAUGCCAUAUUCUUAAUGGUUGAACUGAUGAUAUGUAACUUUCUGAAUACUAGCUAAUUGUUAAAAUGUAUUUGCUAUUCAAUAUUCAAUUUUAUUGGCA